AUUUUUAGAUUCCAUGAGAAGAUUCAUAUUUGUCUUCUCGCAAGUGCACACUGAUUUUCGACAUGCUGAAAUGGAAAGUAUUUGCAGUUUGUAUGGAAUUCCUUGUGACAACAACAUGUCAUUACUUUGUAGCCAGCAACAUGUUUAUGUGUUCGAAUUUCCAUCCCUUGAUGAUGUGACUGUAAUACUUUCUCGAUCAGUUCUUGUGAAAUUUGCAGUAGAAUGGAUGGCAAGCUGUAAUGAUUACGACGAAUUAUGCUCAAAAGUACGAUUCAACCGACCAGUCUUUUGCCAUACGCAUACGCUCUGUUGGAAGAAAGUGUAGCCGCAUUCCUUCUGAAAGCAUAAUUGCGGAUAUUGGUAAAGCACUUAAUUUGACGGAGUCUCCCGUAAAUUUGAAUAAUCCAUGCAAUACAUUUUAUGUUAUUGAAGAAUAUGAUUCAGAUUCACUUCAAAGGCUCCAUUUUGGGAAAUUGGUAGGAUGUGGUCAAGGUCAGUUGAAAAACUACUAUUCCUUGGCUGAACGAUGUUACAUUGGUAAUACAACGAUAGAUCCAGAAUUAUCAUUUCUUCAAGCUAAUAUAGCAAAAGUGGUCAUCGGAUCUCUUGUUCUCGAUCCAUUCUGUGGAACGGGUGGCCUAUUGAUUGCUGCUGCACAUUUUGGUGCUGCUGUUUUAGGAAGUGAGAUAAAUUAUCAAAUUGCCAGAGCUAUCGGUAAAUCGUCACGUGCUGGCGUCGAAUGCAAUACAGCUAAAGAAUCAGUCGCUGCAAAUUUUCGACAGUAUGGAACGGAUGUUUAUUUCAUGGGUUUGGUGAUAGCAGAUGCCAGUCAGCAUCAGCUGUGGCACCCCGGCAUGCAUUCCGGUACUUUUCCUGUAUUCGACGCAAUAAUAACCGACCCGCCUUAUGGAGUUAGAGAGAGGGGGCAGAAAGUCGGCAUUAAGGGAAAGAAAGAAUCUUGGAUAGUCAAAGAUACUCAGCAUACAAAUCAUUAUCCGGAAAAAGCAAAAUACUCCAUUUCCUCGACAUUCCUUGAUCUUAUCGAUCUUGCUAGCAAAUUACUUGUUGUUGGCGGGCGUUUGUUGUUUUGGUUUCCAGUGUUCGAUGAUGAAUAUUCCGAAGCAAUUUUACCAAGACAUGAUGCGAUGAAACUGAUUUAUAACUGUGAGCAAACAUUGUCACGGAGAUAUUCCAGGAGAUUACUUGUAUAUGAAAAAUUAAGAAUGGUAAAGGAUGAUGAAAAGCCAUAUGUUGAAAGGGAUUGUUAUGAAAAUAUAACUUUUCGACAGCGUGUAUUCAGGAAAAAUUGAUUCAUUUGUUUUUUUUAUAAUAUGCUACUUCCUUCACUUGUGAAAUAUAGCAUUUCAUUCAUGUCUGCUGAAUUUAAAAUCCUAAAAGGAGGAUUAAAAGAAAUUGUCAAUGUUAAAAUGUGUAUGAACAAGCUAUGCUCAAUAAAGUACU